UUUGCUCUUAGUCUCGUCCGUUCCACCUUCUCCGCAUUUCCAAUCGUUUAAUUUCAGACGCAAUUUUUCAAAAUGGGUGGCCACUUGGAUCCUAAGAACGGAGUUUUCCUCGGUACCUGGGGUGAUUUCGGUUGCCCUACCCCCCAGCGCAUCGCCUCUUACUCUCUGUCUCCCAACCGUCAGCGCCCCUUGGCCGGUACCGCCCACGCUGCUUUCUUCAACACCUUCCGGAGAUUCAGACACCAGGUUCUCUACGUCGCUCCUCCCUUCAUCAUCGCCUACGCCGCCAUGGACUGGGCUAUUGAGAGGAACCACUACCUCAACUCCAAGCCUGGCCGCCUUGCUGAGGGUGGUGACGAGUAAAUGGUGAUAUAAACCGGUGAUAUGAUUUCAAACUGGAGGAUAAAGGAGUGGGAUUGCAAUGUACAGUAACUAGAAGCAAUCGAAUGCGAUGCGUGUUCCAUUGUCCGAUCCAUGCUUCUUGGGUUCUAUUAUGCUACGAUGCGUAUGACUCCUGCGACUAUAAUUCGGUGUCGUGGAUCUGCUCCUCGCGCCUCAAAU